GUCUCUCCCAAAAGUACAAUUGCAGCCACCGAGAGAAGGUGCCAUGACCUUCAUCUUCACAGCUGUGCUCUAUCUGGGGUUGAACCUGGGCCAAGAGACCUCCAUGUUGGAAGGGAAUCCCCACAAGCCAACCCUCAGUGUUCAGCCGGGAUUGGUGGUUGCCAGAGGGAAGCAGGUGACCAUCUCAUGUGAGGUGACCACAGGGGCCCGGGAAUACCGUCUUUAUAGAGAGGGGGGUCCACAUCCUUGGCGCACACAGACCACUCCGAAGACCACAAACAAGGCUCAGUUCUUGAUCCCAUCAAUUGAACAACAAUCUGGAGGGAUAUAUCGUUGUUACUAUAAGACCCCCACUGGGUGGUCAGAGCACAGUGACCCUCUACAGCUUGCAGUGACAGGACUCUAUAGUAAACCCAGCCUGUCCACCCAGCCCAGCAAUGUUGUGAAUUCAGGGGAGACUGUGACCCUUCAGUGUGUCUCAACACUGGGAUUUAACAGGUUUGUUCUGACCAAGGAAGGAGAACAGAAGCCGUCCUUGAUCCAGAACUCAGAGUUUAUAAACUCUACUGGGCAAUUCCGGGGCCUGUUUGCUGUGGGCCCCGUGACCCCCAGUCAAAGGUGGAUAUACAGAUGUUACGGUUAUCAUGUCAACAGCCCCCAGGUGUGGUCGGAACCCAGCGAUCUCUUGGAAAUACAUGUGUCAGAAGCAGAUCAGACCCUCAGGCCAUCACCAAACACAUCCAACCCCAAGAGAGUCUCACAGCACCAGGAUUACACAAUGGAGAAUCUCAUCAGGAUGGGGGUGUCAAUCUUGGUCCUUGUGCUUCUUGGCAUUCUUCUGUUCGAAGCUCAGCACAGCCAAAGACAGACGCAACAUGCAUCUGGGAGAGAAAGCAGUGCUCGUUUCAUGGUGGCAGACACGUGGGGAUAAGUCCAAGGAUCUCAGGUGGCUCUGUAAGAAAAAUCUGGGGCCACAGUAGGGAACCAUUUUCAGAGAACAUUCAGGAAGAAACAUGAUUUGAGUGUAGGGAAACACCUGGGUACUGGGGUGGAAAAGUCUUCUAUAGCAAAUCACCUUGCUAUCACUUCACCUAGAUGUAUAACUUUAGCUGACAGUCUUCUCUCUCCCCCCACCUCCAAUAAUGAGGAAGGGAUAAUCCCGUCUCAUCAGUCAGUUUUGAGUCCUAAUCUUGUGUAUCUUCUGCCUUCCCCCCCCUUUCCUUUAUUACAUGCUACCACAUUCUCCACUUGAAUCACGAGCCUUCAUUUUCUCUACUGAAAACAAAGAAGCUGGCUGAGAUAGCAAAAGUAAUGCUCAAAAAUCAGAGUCCAAAAUGAAAAAUGAGAUCCGAAUGUAAAUGAUGGCCCAGCAUUGUCUCUUGAACCCUCAGCUUUUUAACACAUGUUAUUUAUGUAGUUUUCUUGAAAUAGAAGGCUUACAAUCAACAAACUUGCAUUUGAAGGAACUCUCUGUGGGGGGUACUGCUGACAUGGCUUUGAAAAUAUCAUUUUUUAAAAUAAUAAUUAAAGAAGAGAUCAUGAAUUUGGGAGGGAGUGUGAGGAGGCAUAGGAGGAAUUGGAGAAAAAAAAGAAGGGAAUAAAUACAGUACUCAUAAUAAAUUCAGAAAAAAAUAACCUUUCCUAUACAUCCUCAUGUGCAUGUCUUUCCCUAAUUACAGUACAUAAUCACAUCAAAAGCAACUCCAUAACCUAAGUAGAAUGUCAUGUUUGUGGACCCGAGAAUUGAGGCAUAAAACCCAUAUCUUUUUAAAUUAAAAAAUUCAAUGUUUACUGCAUAUAUUUAUAGAAGCAGCUGGCAUGUAAAUAAAUCAAUAAUCUUGAACCACUUUGUUGUAAAUUUUGAUUAGUUCACUGAAGACAGUUUUGAAAAAUGAUUAUUUUUUUUUGUGUUAUCUGCAAUGCCACUUACAAUUCUUCCUAAUAUGAGAGACUUUAAUUUACUUCCUGGCCCUUACUGCAAUAAUUAAGGCUUUAUAUAGGAACCUGAACAUUCUAUGGAAAGAAGAGAUACUGUUGUCUUCCUGAUUUAAAAUUCGACUUGUGAGAUUUCUAGGUUUUCAUUGUUAUAUAUAAUGUUAAAUUCAGUUUUAUAUUAUCUUAUUCAGAUGGAAAUGUGUCUGUUUGUAGUCCUCUGUGAUUGUUCAUAGUGAGUGUGUAUGUGAAAGUGACAAAUGCUUUCAUCAUACAUGCUUUCAGUUUUCCCUUAUUGAUGUAGUGGAUGAUAUUAAUUACCUUAUGAAUGACUCAGACUUACAAGACUAUGCCAAUGCCUUGUUCAUGGUGUACCCAUUGGAUAAAAUUUGAUAAUAUACCUAUGUACCACUAACAAUAAAACAUAU